GAGUUCUGGCAGAGUCCAGCUGCAGACUGUGGACUCUCAGUAAACACCGGUGUUAGUUAUUAACACAACAGAACCGGAGCAGAUCUCGUCGGUCUGCGGUAUUUACAUAGGCCUGAGAGCUUCCAGCUGCAGAGGAUCAAUACUGUUUCAUCACAAGCUGUGUUUUUAGCUGCAGCUGCUCCACCAGGUCUCAUCUGGUCUACCUGUCAGACCUGAUCCACUUCCUGAAAACUCCAGGUACCCAUUGAGCUGAGGUCAUGUCCCGCCUUGGGGUCUGUGUGCUGGUCUGCGUGGCUCUGUGGUCCUCGUCGGUCUCCAGUCUGUCAGUUUUCUCGGAGGCUCGGCGGGCCCACAUGCUGCUGCGCUCCCGUCGAGCCAACAGCUUCCUGGAGGAGCUGAAGCCCGGCUCCAUGGAGCGGGAGUGUGUGGAGGAGCGCUGCGACUUCGAGGAGGCCAGAGAGAUCCUUCAAACCAGAGAGGCUACGAUGGGAACCAGUGUGUGUCCAACAUGUGUGUCCAUGGGGUGUGUGUGGACCAGCUCCAGGAGUACGUCUGCAGCUGUUUCCAUGGUUAUGAAGGCAAAUACUGCGACUACAACGUGACAGCCACAAACUGCUCGGUGGAAAACGGCGACUGUGACCACGAGUGCACGGAGAGCGAGGACGGUCUSAGCAGGACCUGCAGCUGUCUGCCGGGGUACAGGCUGGACAACAACAACAGGAAGUGUGUUCCCAAAGGGAAGUCCUCCUGCGGGCAGCUGCUCAUCAACAGGUCCGAAUACGUCAAGACCGUGCCUGAGGGUCCGAUGCCCUGGACCAUCGGAGGAGAGGUGGGCAGGAAGGGGGAGAGUCCCUGGCAGGUGGUGGUUUUUAACGCCAGAGGGAAGUUCCACUGCGGCGGCGUCCUCAUCGAUAAGAGCUGGGUCCUGACGGCCGCUCACUGCAUCGAGGGCAACAACAAGUUCAGCGUCAGGCUGGGGGACUACGAGCGCCUGAAGGAAGAGGGGUCCGAGGUGACCCUGCCGGUGGUCCGGGCCUUCAAGCACCCCAGCUACAACAGCCGGACGGUGGACAACGACAUCGCCCUGCUGCGCCUGCAGACGCCCGCUCCGCUCACCACCUACAUCCUGCCCGUCUGCCUGCCGAGCAGUGCCAUGGCGGAGCGGGCGCUGCACCUGAACGGCACCGUCACCGUGGUGUCGGGCUGGGGCAAGCAGGACAACGGGAAGUACAGCUCGGCGCUGAACGUCAUCAAGGUCCCGCUGGUCAACCGCAGCAUCUGCAGCCAGCACAUGUUCCCCCACCAGCUGUCCGACAACGUUCUGUGCGCCGGGAUCCUGGGCCAGAGCGUGGACGCCUGCGAGGGGGACAGCGGGGGGCCCAUGGUCACCCUGUACCGGGACACCUGGUUCCUGAUCGGCCUGGUGUCCUGGGGCGAGGGCUGCGGCCUGAAGGACAAGCUGGGCAUCUACACCAAGGUGUCCAACUACAACCAGUGGAUCAACCAAGUCCAGGAGGAGUGGGACAGGAGACACCGUCCACAGUGACCCUGGACCACCCACUUCCUGUCAGAACCGCCUCACAGAGUCACAAAUAAAGGUUUACUCUCACUGA